AUGUUGACUCAUGAACCAAUGACGUUUUGGAAUCCCGUCAAAUUCAACCAAUCCAACUAUCCAUCUGUAAAAAAACACUCUGUAUUGUUAGAAAUAAAAAUAAAAAAAUAUAAAACACCGCAUCAACAUUAAACACUACCUGUCAGUUUGAUUAAAAAAUAUAUUUUAUAAACAAUAAAUAUAUCAAUUAUAUUAUUAUUAAAUUAAAUUGAUUUUUUAUUCAAUUAAUUUUUAAAUUUAAUUUUAAAAAAUAAUAAUACUCCAAAUAUAUAGGUAUGUCUUGCAAAAAUUAUAUCAACAUUAAUAACGUUAUCAAUGUUGAUUGUUAAUUUUAUUAUCAAAGUAUAUCUAUAUAGAUUGUUAUCGUCAAUACGCCGUUGUUCUAGCUCCAAGUGAAUCAUAUGAUACGUGUCAAAGGUGUUCAUUAUACACCAAUACAAGUAAAACAACAUUGAACAUAACAAAAAAAACAACGUAAUUUACAUUAACAAGAUCAUAUAAUUUAUAAAAUUAUAUAUUGCUUUGAAAAAUUAAUUUAAAUUAAUACAAAAUGUCGUUUUUUGGAGUUAAUGUUAAUCCAUUUUCAACUCAAGUUGGACAAAAAAUUGAGCAAGCAACUGAUGGUGGUUUACCAAGUGAAAAUUGGGCAUUAAAUAUGGAAAUUUGCGAUAUUAUUAAUGAGACUGAAGAUGGACCUAGAGAUGGAAUAAAAGCUAUUAAAAAAAGAUUAACACAAGCAGCUGGUAAAAAUUAUACAAUUGUCAUGUAUACACUAACAGUACUUGAAACAUGUGUUAAAAAUUGUGGUAAACGUUUUCACACAUUAGCAUGUGCAAGAGAAUUUAUAACUGAGUUAGUUAAAAUGAUUGGACCAAAAAAUGAACCACCAACAGUUGUACAAGAAAAAGUACUGAGUUUAAUACAAACAUGGGCUGAUGCAUUUCAAAAUCAACCACAUACACAAGGUGUUGUACAAGUUUAUCAAGAAUUAAAAGCUAAAGGAAUGCAAUUUCCAAUGACUGAUUUAGACUCAAUGGCACCAAUAUUAACACCAGAAAGAAGUGUUCCAGAAACAAUGAAUGCAAUGAAUCAACAUGAACAAAUUAAUAUUUGUGAUAUUGCUAAUCAACAACAAAUACAAUCAUCACCACAAUUAUUAUCAUCAUCUUCUUCAUCAUCAUCUCCAAUACGUUUAAAAGAACAACAAAUUAAAAAACUUAAAAGUGAAAUUGAUGUUGUACAAGGUAACAUGCGUGUACUUGGUGAAAUGUUACAAUUUUUUACUGAUAAUUGUAAACAAGGUACAACAAAACCAGAUGAUAAUGAUAUGGAAUUAUUGCAUCAACUUUAUUCAACAUGUCGUUCAAUGCAAGAAAGAAUUGUUGAACUUGUUGGUAAACUUGUUGAUGAUGAAUUAACUGCUGAAUUAUUAUGUAUUAAUGAUGAAUUGAAUAAUUUAUUUUUGAGAUAUUCAAGAUAUACAAAAAAUAAAACAGCAACAUCAGCAAGUACAAUACUUGCACAAACAAUUGGACAAUCAUCAAUUGCUUCAAUUGAUAAUGAUACAACAUUUAAACGUCCAGAAAAAAGUCUAAUUGAUCUUGAUGAAGAUGAUGAUAAUGUUCAUCAAAAUAAAGAUGUUUUGGGUAUUCAACAAAAAAUUGGAGCUCUUGGAUUUUAUGGUGAUGGAGCAAAGAGUAAAAAUAUAGAAAAAGAACAACCAGAUAGUGAUGAAUUUGACAUGUUUGCACAGUCUAGAACUGCAACUUAUGAAACAACAAAAAAUAGUGGAAGUAAAUAUGAGGAUAAUUUGGAGGAUAUUGACAGUGGAAGUUUGAGCACAGCAAUAUUUAAUCGAGGUGCAGGAACUGUUGGAUCUGAUACAACAAAUCUUCUUGAUAUUUCAGCUCCAAAUCCAACAAGACCAACAAUCACGUCCAAAGAAAACAGUGAUCAAGAAUCUUUAACGUCUUCGGAAUUUGAAAGAUUUUUAGCUGAACGUGCAGCUGCUGCAGAUGCAUUACCAACACUUCCCACGGUAACAGCAUCACCAAGUACAACAGCAACAACAACAACAACAACAAAUAUUCAACGACAAAUUAACAAGGAUCAAGAUAAAUCACUUUUUGCACUUUAAUUAUUAUAAAAAACAAUAAAAAUAAAAUCAUCAAUCAAUUAUU